ACUUUUAAGUGAUUACUUAUCUUAAUUAUUAAUUAAUUGUUAUUGUAGGUGCUGAAAAAUCAGAACAUUUCGUAUAAAGAAACGCUUUCAAAAUCUACGUUCAGAUAGGUUCAGAUAGGACGAGAAAUAGCGAACCAAGAAAAUGCAAUAUUAAUUUUGCUUUCUUGUUUUAACAUACGCUCUAAUUCGCCUAGUCUAGCCGCAUUCUUAUCACACUUAUCACUAUAGGUACCUAUAACAAUACAUUGAAUAAAUGACGAGUUCCCAAUCCUUUAUUUAUAAGCGUCGUGAUAUCAUCAUUUAGCUAAAGUUUGUCAAAUCCGUCUUGAAUUUAGACCUAUAACCACUGAACUUGGAAUAAGUCACUUCAAAAUGGUGUGGAACUGGGAUUUGAUCUUCGCAAUAGUAGUGCCCUCUAUCGGUGGCUGGGUGGGCGCGUUGAGUAUGCUGGGUGAGGUGUCAUCACCAGAUGGCAAGGCGUGGUACGAGCAGCUGCGCAAGCCCAUCUGGACGCCGCCGAACUGGCUGUUCGCACCCACCUGGCUCGCGCUCUACACCGCCAUGGGUUACGCCUCGUACCUCAUAUACACUGACUGCGGGGGAUUCACAGAUGAAGCUGCCUUGCCUCUGGGACUGUACGUUACUCAGCUUGUGCUCAAUUGGUUCUGGACGCCGGUUUUCUUCAAAUUGCAUCAGUUGGGCUGGGCCUUCCUCCACAUGUGCGUGCUGGAUGGUGCGACGAUGGCGUGUAUGGCGAGCUUUUUGCUCGUGAACAAGCUCGCCGCGCUGUUCUUGGUGCCCUACCUCGGCUGGCUCGCCUUCGCGACCUGCCUCAACUACGCCUGCUGGCAGAUGAACAGGGCGGACGACCAACCCAUAAAACAAUAGAAGCUUAUUUGUUUACGUAAACUUUUAUGCCUACUCUAUCUACGGAUACAAUUAGUAUAGCGCUCUCUCUGUUUUAUCCCAUACAAAUGAUAGAGACAAAAAUUUCAGUGGGUGUACGGGAGCGGUGUGUGGGCUCGAACUAAAGGGAAAAGUAGUCACACUAAUAUUAUAAAGGAGAAAGUUUGUAUGU